AUGGACAGCAUUACUACAGCUGUCUUGCUCCUGCUCUGUGCUAUCAUCUCUCUGUUCCUGACCUUCAGCUUUUGGGACAAGAGCCAGCUGCCACCGGGACCCAGACCCAUCCCAAUCCUGGGAAAUCUGCUGCAGCUUCGUUCCCAAGACUUGCUGACCGCCCUUACCAAGCUGAGCAAGGAGUAUGGCCCAGUGUACACAGUGUACCUGGGGCCCAGGCGAGUGGUGGUCCUCAGCGGAUAUCAAGCCGUGAAGGAAGCCCUUGUGGACCAGGGGGAGGAGUUCAGUGGCCGUGGUGAAUACCCUGUCUUUAUCAACUUUACUAAGGGCAAUGGCAUCGCCUUCUCCAAUGGGGAACGAUGGAAGGUCCUCAGAAGGUUUGCUAUCCAGAUACUACGGAACUUUGGCAUGGGAAAGAGGAGCAUUGAGGAGCGGAUCCAGGAAGAAGGCAGCUUCCUGCUGGAGCAACUGCGGAAAACAGAAGGCAAGCCGUUCGACCCGGUGUUCGUGGUCAGCCGCUCGGUAUCCAACAUUAUCUGUUCCGUGAUCUUCGGCCGUCGCUUCGACUACGAGGAUGAGCGUCUGCUUACCAUUAUCCGCUUCAUCAACGACAACUUCAAAAUCAUGAGCAGCCCCUGGGGCGAGCUGUAUAACAUCUUCCCGGGCCUCCUGGACUGGGUGCCUGGGCCGCACUGGCGCGUGUUCCGGAACUUCGGAGGCAUGAAAGAUCUCAUCGCCUGCAGCGUCCGCGAACACCAGGCCACCCUAGACCCGGAGAAUCCCCGGGACUUCAUCGACUGUUUCCUCACCAAGAUGUCACAGGAGAAUAAGGACCCGCUGAGCCAUUUCCAAAUGGACACUCUACUGAUGACUACACAUAACCUGCUCUUCGGCGGCACGGAGACGGUGGGCACCACGCUUCGCCAUGCCUUCCUCAUACUCAUGAAAUAUCCAAAAGUGCAAGCCCGUGUACAGGAAGAGAUUGACAACGUGGUGGGGCGCUCGAGGCUGCCAUCGCUGGAGGACCGCACGUCCAUGCCUUAUACAGAUGCGGUGAUUCACGAGGUGCAGCGCUUCGCCGACAUCCUCCCCAUGAACUUGCCGCACCGCGUCACUAAGGACACGGCCUUCCGCGGCUUCCUGAUACCCAAGGGCACGGAUAUCAUCACCCUCCUCAACACCGUGCACAAUGACCCCAGCCAGUUCCAGACACCCCAGGAGUUCAAUCCUGAGCAUUUUCUGGAUGCCAACCAAUCCUUCAAGAACAGCCCUGCCUUUAUGCCCUUCUCAGCUGGGCGCCGACUGUGUCUGGGCGAGUCGCUGGCGCGCAUGGAGCUCUUCAUCUUCCUCACCUUCAUCCUGCAGAACUUCACGUUGCAGCCGCUAGAGGCGCCCGAGGACAUCGAUCUGACCCCCAUUAGCUCGGGCCUGGGCAACGUGCCCCGACCUUACGAGUUGCGCCUGCAUCCACGCUGA